AUGAAGUUCUGUGAAAGUAUAAUAUAUAUGUUUUUAAUGAUUAUUAUGGUGGUAAGAGGAGCACCAACACUGAAUGUGAGAAACCCAGGUGAACAUGGUCAUUCAAAUUCAGUGGUUACAACCUCAGCAACAAAAGCUACAAGCACUUUAAAAACAAAUAAUCAUUCAGCUUCAGAAGAAUUAUUAUCAAUGAAAUCCUUACAGAACGAGCCAAAUUGCGAUAAUGCAGUAUUUCCAUCCGAAGUUUUUGUUUCUCAGCCAAGAGAUGAUAAGGUUUACAUAAGACCAUCUAAGAUUCCAGAAUCAGGUUUUACAAGAGCAGGAUUAACAAAAUUCACUUCUGCAUUUGGAAUUCAUAUUCUUGGAGACUAUAUGGUACCAGAUGACAAAUUAUCAUAUUUAACGGAGUUAUUGGCAAGUGUUUUAGAUAAUGACCAGGAUGGAUUAGUAGAUGCAACCCAAAAUACGAUCUUGGAUACAAUCCGUUCAUCUAACGCAAUGAUGGUUAUAUUAUCAGGAAAUGAAGAAUCUGUUGAGAAAUUGUUGGAUCCAAAUGAAGGCUUACCUCCAGAAUACUCUUGUAUGAUGUUUUUGCUUGUAGAACAAGCUAAAAAUAUUAUACGUGGUGGCCCACAUCAAAAGAAUUGUCCUCAAGACUUGGAAAGAACCAACGAUAGAGGAUUAGGAUUUGUUGUUGAUUUUAUAUCACAAGCAGCAUAUCCAGUAACAUUUUCAUUAAAUGAAGAAAGCUCUAUGAGAAUGGAAAAUUUAUAUAAUUCAGCAUUAAGAAAAGGAUGGUUCUUACCACAGAAUAUUCCUGUUGCAAAUAAUGAACUUUGUGAUGAGGAUUGUAAGAGAUUAUCUUUCCAAUCUUGGCUUGCAACUUCAAUCUUGGAUCAGGACAAAUGUUCAUGUAUUAAAGCAAAUGUAUUUAAAUUAUGCACUUCUGAGGAGAUCAGAAAUAUUUCUCCUGAUGACUUUGCCUACUUUGCUAGUGCAUUAAAGCGCCCCACUGCAUAUUCUUCACCAGCCAUUAUUGCUUAA